AACACAUUACAGCUGUGUGAGUAAAGAAAUCAAAACAUGGCGCGUGGCAAUGUCUUAAAACCUUGGUACCAGUCGAAAACUUUGACCAUUUUGGUGGUUCUUUGGGCACUGUUCACGACCUGCUUAGGAAUUAUGAUCGUCGUGAUCUUUGUUCAGCCCCACUGGAUAAGUGGAACGGUUCAAGAACCGAAGAAGACAGUGAAUUUUGGCUUGUACCGUAACUGCACAGAGAGUUUGAACGAUUGUUCUGGAAACUUGAAUGACUUCAGCAACAUCUACUCGGACGCCUGGAAGGCUUCUACCAUUUUCGUAGCGUUGGCGUUCAUCUCCACGUUUCUUUCGGUUGCUAUAAUGUUGCUUUACUGGUUGUGUUGCUUUGAGUCUUCAGGAGUUGGUUUUCGAGCAAGUAGUGGACUGCAAGCCACAGCGGGUAUGUAUUAUUUAUUACCUAACAGUUAUUGUUUUAGGGGUCGCGGUCUUUUAAGCAUAUAUGUAUGUGAUUUGCUUGCCGUGUAGACCCUCGACCUCUUAAAUUACGAGAUUGCUUUAGGGUUGGUUAGAUUCAGUGAAGUAGUUGAAACUAUUUGCGAUGGUUUCGACCAUUACCACUUAAAAGAGAAGAACGUUUUCAAAAUCAUGGUGUCAAUCUUUCAACUCGCACAUAAUCGUAUUUUUCUAAGUGUACGUAUCUGCGGCUUUGUAGAAACGUUCUGUAAUGGGUAAAAGAUGAGGAAUCAUUGCUCCUUUUUUUAGCUUGUUAUUGAAUUAUAACCUUUUAGCAACAUCUUUGACAGCGAAGUCAUCGGUACUCUCCAUGUGGGGUGAACAUACUGAUUUCGAAGAUUCCUUUUCCCUGAAGGGUGGACCAAUAGUUAAGUGUCAUUAACUUUCCCGUGCGUUUUUACGUGCUUGUGAGGUUGCCUUCAUUCAGGACAUAGCACUAAUUGCACUCUAAGCUGAGUCGGAAAUAGCAAAAGUCACAAAUACGUAUUUCAUUGUUACUACCAAAGGAACACGGAAAUUCCUUCUAAAGACACUACUUUUUUUCCUCCCUGUGCAUCGGUUAUGCCACAAGUAUUCUACCCUGGAUGAUUUUCUGCACGUACUGCAAGGCUAUUCAGAAUUCAUACUAAAUACGCGAGGAAAUGAAAAAAAAUAAAUAACAUCAAAAGCCCAUUUGUUCACGUAUCUCUUUCAAUUUUGGGGCUCUCCUUAUAUACAACGUAAAAUGGCAAUUUCAUCUGCGGAAACCUGUGACUUGUGAUAUCAUUCUUUUCCAUUCGAAUAAUGAAUUUCUUUUGAAUGAUUGAAUGGUUUUUCAUUGGUAAUACAUUGGUUAGUUAAGCAGGAAAUUGAACAAUUAUAAGCAGACGACGUAUUUACAGCUGACUGAUGUUGAGAGCAAAAAUCGUUUGAAAAUACUGCUUCAAGUUAAGUGUAUUUAUUCAGAUAAAUUGAUGUACAUGUUAUCAUCUAAUCUUACGCAAGCACCUAGUGUAGAAUGUUCUAAGGAAGUUUUUGAGAAUGUAUCAUUGACAAUGAAUUUUGUGGGACCAAUUAAGACCUUAAGCCUUCUUGAAAACCAAUUAUUGAUUAACUGGUACCAAUAUUGCUUCUGUUCCCACCAGUGGUUAAUACAGGAUAUUGGCCUUUUCUUACCCAGCGAUCACGAAUUGUUUUCUCUCUUUUUCUUCAGUUUCCUUCUUUUUAAAAUACUUUUUUGAACUUUUAGGUGUUAUUUAUUAUUUCCUUUUAGUUGAUUAGCAUUGUUUUUUGUUACUCAUUAGCUUGACUUUUUUUGUGUGACGUAAUCGUGUAAUAUAAGCACUUGAUGAACUUUCUAAAUAUAACAGUACUAAGUUUUGUGUACUUUAAGCGGAAUCCGUCUGAUCUAUUCUUUGUUGCGAACAUAUUUUUCAUUUGCUGGUGAUUGUCUUAUUUGGUUUUUGAGAAAUGCGAUAUUGAAAGUGAAGGCUUUACCAGUUUUCACAUGCUUUAUGUACCAUAUUUUGUUCGGGUCAUUUAACGUUCUGGGAACCUAGUAAUUAAGUCAUCAAAGAAUCUGUCAAAGUAACAUUAAUACAUUAGUGUCUUUCUUUUAGAUAUCAGUUUAAAUAUAUAUAUAUAUAUAUUUUUUUUUUUUUCUGUGGAGUUGUUUGUAACGAAUUCUAAACCAUAUUUUAGUGAAAAUAACGUAUGAUGUCUUGGGAAAUGUUGACGUGUCUGAGAAGUUUGCGGGGGCAACAAGUCGCAUUAAAAGGCGGUUAGCAGCCUCGUUGGUUAGACGAGUUAUUUUCUAAGGAUCACAUACCUCAUAGUGGAGUCUAUGCAUGUUCAUAAUAGAGAAAAUAUUAUAUAUAAAAAGGAGCUGUGUACAUAUAAUUGGAAACUACCACCAAAUCGAGGGAAACCAAAAAAAAAUAACUGCUCAAAUUUUUGAAAGGAAGGUACAAAUAACGCGGCAUACACAAAAGGAGGCACGCGGUUGGACAAAUUAGAAGAAGAUUGAAACGGGUAGCACUUGUGGUUUCUGAAACCUUAAAACCUAACACAAUGUUUUUUUUUUUUUUAAUGUUCAUCUUUGUUGUUUCUAACGUUUCAAAUAAUGCUUGGAAGACUUAUGCACGUGCAUAAGACGACAUUUGAAAGAAACAGUUCUCUGGGGUACCAUCACGUGGUCUAAAAUGGGAAAACAAACAUACAAGCUAAAAACGUCUUUUGUAUCUAAAUUUUUUCUUUGUAAUAUUAUAUUCAGGUCUCUGCAUGCUCAUCACUUGUCUCGUAUAUCCGGUUGGAUGGAAUUCUACCGCCGUCAAGGCGGUUUGCGGUCCAGAAGCAGACAGAUACAAGAUAGGAAAUUGUAAUGUAAACUGGGCUUAUUGGAUCGCCAUUAUCUGCAUGGCGGACGCUUUCGUGCUUAGUUACCUCUCCCUCAUGUUCAUCGAGCGAGAGAUUGGAACCCCGAAUGUAACGAGCAGGAGGCAAGAGUCCAACGGAACAAACCCAGAGGAUGGCAUACGGUCAGGAAGAGCUGCAGAAGGAUACCACAACAACGAUACCACGUCACUGUGAGCUUCUGAGGGAGCACAUGCUAUUCUUUUUGUCCCCCCUUUUUCUAGAAGGUUGUCAAACAAUCAACAGGUUUUAAAAGCUCUACAAGGUUAACUUGUAGAGCUUUUAAAACCUGUUGAUUGUAUAAUCAACUGCUGCGUGAUAAAACUGCAGGGUCUCUAUAAAGUCCACUUUGAUUAAUCGUUUGCUUGGGUUGUCUUACUGAGAGUUACACUUUUGUAAUGAAACUCUAUAUAGGCGUAAACAUCAUGGACAUAAACCAUCAUUAAUCUCAUUGAAAUUGACAGUCACAGGUCUCAAGCAGACGUUUCUCUAGGUAAUAGUUGUACUGUACAUUUGUCAACGGUUAUGUCCUUCGGCGGUUCAAGGCAGUUUAGGAGUGGGAAAAAAAAAUUGCAGAAAUAUGGGUUUUAUGGGUUUUAUCCUUUUGAAAAUGGGGCGGUUUUUGUGUAGAAUUCAAACUGUUCUAGAAUGGUG